AUGGGACUCUACGAUGAUGAUGAAGAACUCGCCGCUCCCACGCCUACAACUUCCGACGAAGCAGCUCCGCCUUUGAAACGAACCAAGCUCGACGAUGUGGACAAUUUGCAAGAAGCUUCGAACGGAAUUGCUUAUUCCGCUGCGGCUGGCGAUCCAUCAAAGUUUGCUGACAAGGCGAAGCCAGCUUCUGGCUCGGUGAGCCUCGUAUGGUCGCUAUGUGCGAAGAAGGGCGAGCGGGAGGAUAUGCAAGAUGCACAUUUGGUCGUGGAAAGAAUGCUGGCCGGAAAAAAUGAUGUCGUUCGCUGCGCAAUUUUCGGAAUCUUUGAUGGACACGCUGGGGCGCGGGCAGCUCUUCAUUGCGAACAUCACCUAGCUGGGCUGUUGGAAGAGAAGCUAAAGAAAGCCGAGAGCCUGGAGAUCAUGGAGAAGGCGCUGAAGCGUUACUUUACGGAAGUCUAUCGCCAACUCGACGACCAAUUUCUAGCCGAGGCAAAGAAGAACAAACCGGUCUGGAAGGACGGCACGACAGCUACGACCGCGCUUCUGCUGAACAACACGAUUUAUGUUGCGAAUAUAGGCGACAGUCGAGCAAUAGUGGCUCGACAAAAGGAAGAUGGAAGUGGAGCCGUGGCUGUGCCCUUGACGGUCGACCACAAUCCGACGAUACACGAGGAGAGAAUGCGAAUUCAAAAGACUGGCGCAUCGGUGAUCGACGGCCGAGUAAACGGAUCGCUAGAAGUCUCGAGAUCGAUCGGGGAUGGCCAUUUCAAAGCCAACGGCGUCAUCAGCACCCCAGAUAUGCGAAAAUUGGCGUUGACUGAUCGUGACAGAUUUCUGCUAGUGGCUUGCGAUGGGCUGUGGAAGGUGUUCAGCAACGAAGCCGCAAUCGAAUACGUUACCGAAAAGUUGAACAAAGCCAAAAAGGUUGAAUCCGUGAUUGCCGCCGAUUCACCAGAAAAUGCCGCAUGGGAUUAUGUAGCCGAGGAAAUGGCGGCUGAAGCUGUUCGGAGAAAGUGCGGCGACAAUGUGAGUGUGAUCAUCGUACGGCUGACCCGAAUU